CCACAAAAAAAAAGAAAAUAAAAGUGAAACAAAAGCCGGAAAAAAAGAGUUUACCGCCUGGACUCGUUAGUGGAAUUUUUUGUAGCCUUUUGGCCAGUUUACGAGCGGCUCAGCAUAAAUUGCUGGUCUCCCCCAACUCCAAUUUCCCCCAUUUUCCCCCAUUUGCACGGCCGUAAUGAGGCAAUGAGACGGGCAGCCGGAAAAGCCACGUCGGGAGUAGCGGCAACAGGAACAGCAACAGCAACGGCGGAGCCAUGACAUCUGGAUCUAAAACGGGAUCUGGAGUUUUCCGGAGUUUGGAGCUUUGGCCCCUGAGCGUGUAAAGGAGACAGAACGACUGACAAAGAAAGAGAGCGAGAGGGAGAGCAAUGCUGCGCGAUAUCUUUCUGUAUUUAGUUCUAAUCGUUUUAUUUUGCUUCAUUUUCAUGGCGCAGUUAAUCGUCAACGUUUACGCCUUCCAGCGCCAGCCGUCGCCCCAAAAAGCUGAGCGCAAUGAAAUUAUAUUUGUAUAGAAAGGAGAUAGCAGCCCAUAUAUAUUUACACUG